CCACUAAUUUUGAAAAAGGAAGGAAAAUAAUGUGAAAAAGAAUUAAAAAAUGCCAAAAAAAAAAGGAGAAAAGAAAGCUGAAAAAGAUGGAUCCAAUCCCCAUACAAAGCAUAAAUUACUAAUAAGAGGAGUGUUCUUCUUCAUUGUUACUCAUCUGCUCUCUGCAACUAAAACUGGUUUUUCCUUUGUUUAAAGAGGAAGAGAAUUUUAGAGUUAAGGGUUAAUGGGGCAAGAGGUUUUCAUAUAUGGGUUUGUAGCCAGAGGAACCAUGGUGUUAUCAGAGUACACUGAAUUUACGGGAAACUUCCCUUCCAUUGCCUCCCAAUGUCUUCAAAGACUCCCCUCUGCAAACAACAAGUUCACUUACAACUGUGAUCACCACACUUUCAACUUCUUAGUGGAAGAUGGUUAUGCCUACUGUGUCGUUGCAAAAGAAUCAGUUGGAAAACAGUUGUCCAUAGCUCUUCUAGAGCGCAUCAAGGCAGAUUUUAAGAAGAGAUAUGGUGGAGGGAAAGCUGAUACAGCCAUUGCCAAAAGUUUAAACAAGGAAUUCGGGCCUUUAAUCAAGGAGCACAUGCAGUAUGUCAUCGACCAUGCAGAAGAGAUUGGGAAACUUGCAAAAGUGAAGGCUCAGGUCUCUGAGGUUCAAAGUGUAAUGCUUGAAAAUAUUGAGAAGACUCUAGAUAGAGGGGAGAAAAUGGAUGUUCUUGCAGAUAAAACAGAGGGUCUACGUUCUCAGGCCCAGCAGUUUCAGAAACAAGGAACAAAUCUACGCCGUAAAUUGUGGUUUCAGAACAUGAAGAUAAAGUUGGUGAUCCUUGGAGUGCUGUUGCUUUUGGUUCUCAUAAUCUGGGUUUCCGUGUGCCAUGGAUUCAAGUGCACCAACUAACUCUUUCGUCACACCGUGAAGCAAGGGCCAAUCCCUUCUUAUAAUCUCGUUUUUGAUAAACAUUUUUGUUGUGAUUUUGUUUCUUGGUAGAGGUUGAGCUAAUGCUGUGAAAAGUUAUAUGAGUCAUCAUUUGUUUCAAUUGUGUCCUUAACAGUGGUGUACAAAUAUCUCUAUUUUGACAACCUGGGGAAGAGUGGAAAUAAAAAGUUGCAAGGCUUUUCAUAUA